AUGAUUAUUGAAGCUAAUUCUUUGGCCGAUGAAUUAAAAGGAGUUUCUAGGUACGAAAAAGUUGCUUAUAUAUCAAUUUUUAUGAUUGGAUUACUUGUUAUUAAAACUGAUGAUGCAUACAUUACGUGUCAAACUUCGACUGAAUUUUAAGGAAUAAUUUGGGAAAUGGGAUUGAUUCCAUUAGCCUUCUUGGGAGAUGUAACUAAAAAUUUGAACAUAAAUAUAUUUGUUGUUGGCUUGGUUCAAUUUUUGGUCUGUCAAUUAAGAUUGCAAUUUACGAUGAUUUAUUUGCUUUAUAAAAUAUUGGGACAAGGGAAAAUGACUUAUAGUUUACUUUACUUGAUACCCUUGAUAACAAAUACCAUAUUGCCACAUUAAAAAGUAUUAUUUGGUUUUGCAUAAUUUGUAUUAGUGUUAUUAAUUAUAAUGCUAAAUAAAACACUUAUGCAAGAAAAAUAACACAAACAAAAAAUAAAUUUUAAAUUUUAUGCUAGUAGAUUAACAGCUUGUAUUAUAUUAAUGCAAAAAUUGGACAUGGUAAACAGUAAUUUUUAUGAAAAUCAAGUGAUCUUAAUGGGUAUCUUUUUGUUUAUAUAAAUAGUUCUUAGUUUACCUAUUGUUAAAAUAUUGAGUGAUAGAGUACCAGAUAUAACUUUUGCUUUUAUAUUCCUCAUUUACUUCUAUCUAAGUCAUAGUUAUCUAUUUAUAUAAAAUAUAUUGUAAGGUUUGCUUAUUUGUUUUGUUGUUGUAAAGCUCUUGCCUAUUAUAAUGGAUUAAAAAUUUUCAUGUAUUUUUUAUGACAAAAUAUUAAUAGUGACGAUUUCAUUACUUUUGCCUAUAAUAAUAUUGCAAUUCCCCUUGCCAGAGUAUUUUUUUGUGUUGUUAAUCUUCCUGAUGAUCAGCGAACCACCAUAAAACUUAUAUGAGUAGAUUGAAUUAUGA